CCCUUUAAGACAGAAAGUCCGUUGGAAGCGUCUGCUGCCCUCUGGGCUCUGGAGAGGAGGCGGGAGGGCUCAGGGACAGUCAUGGGGACACGGCGCAGAUGAGCCGGUCCUGGCAGACGUCAGCAUCAGCGACCAGGAUGCUGGAGGGUCAGCUGGAGGCCGGGGAGCCCAAGGAGGACACCCACCCAGAGGACCCAUGCCCGGGAGCUGCGCCUGACACAGAGAAGACAGCUGUGGCAGCCGAGGUCCCCAGAGAGGACAGCAAUGCUGGGGAGAUGCCGCCAUUACAUCAGCAGAUCACCAGACUCGACCAAGAGCUCGGGAGACAGGAGUCUCUGUGGGCUGACGUUCACAGGAAACUCCAGAGUCACAUAGAUGCUUUGAGGAAGCAGAACCUGGAGCUCCGAGAAGAGCUGAGAGCUCUGGUUCGGCCACAGUGGAAAGCCGAGAAGCCGGCAGCCUCCCCACACGCAGGACGCGGAUUGCACACGCUGUUGAUGGCCUGCUGGCAUCUACUGUGUCUUCCGGUGCAUUCUGCCCGUGUGUUCCUCUCGACAUCCAGCCGCUUGUGUCUCUGCCAUGCAUUGGAACCUGCUUUUGAGAUUUCACCUCUGUCCGCUGAUGAAGAGAAAAAGCUCAAAUACACUGGCCGCAAGAGUCAGAGUGCCACUCUCCUGGCACAAAGAUCGUCAUCUAACAAUUUAGCUCCUCCGAAGGCUAUGCACCCAUCUUCCCGAAGUCCACAAAACUCGAGUGGCAGAAAAUCACCAGUGCAGGCUUCCCAGGCCGCCACGCUGCAGGAGCAGAUGGCAGCAGUCGGAGGAGAUGACGGAAGCUCUUCAGUCUCAGAGAGUUCUGAGGGCGGAUUUCUCAGCCACGUUCAACCUGAUGAGCUCGCCGGUUCUUCUGCAAACACUGCACAGCUGCAGGUAGGACGGGCUCCGAGCAAAGCUCGUGCCUUCACCACCUUCCCCGACCCGAGCCAGAAGGAGCCGAGCGCCGGUAAGAAGACGACCAUCAUCCGUUUUUCUAACGGUGACGUGAAGAAGAUCACACCCGAUCGGAGAGUGAUUUACUACAAUGCAAAUGCUCAGACGACCCGCACGACCUACCCUGAUGGCUUGGAAGUUGUGCAGUGUCCCAACAAGCAGACAGAAAUGUGAACAACCAUCCCAGGAAGGGUGUGCCAACUGCAGGCUGGCAUUGCCAAGGAACAUGUAGCGUGUGGGCAGAGGAACCGCUGCAGCCAACUGAGCGUCGCAGAGACUGGGACUAGGACCGUGGGCCCCAUGCAGCGUGGUACUGUGGAACGUGGCACAGGAUCCGUGUCGCCAUGUGGGUCAUGCUGGAAGUGACUCUUGGUGUGCGCUUCUCUCCUCUGUUUUGAUGCCGUUGACGGGACGAUCUUGUAUCUAAGCAAAACAGUGACUCUGACUGUUUUGACUUUCAUUCUUGUCGAUGUUCUGGGUGUCUGCUUGGGAAGAAGGCGCGGUCUCUGGUUACUGAGCACGGCAUCCUGUGUUUAUCCAUCAGAUCAAGCUCUUCGUGUUGCUCGACUCCUUUAUAUUUUGUUUGUCCUAAAUUUAUAAAAUAAAAAAUUCCUGUUUAUUUAAAGGUAAUUUCAAACUUACAGAAAGGUUGAAGAAAGUGCAGAGAGCUCGGAUGUGCCCUUUACCCGGAUUCGCCACUUUGCAACCUUUUGCCACAUUUCUUUACCUGGCUCUGUCUCCCCCAUAUACGGUGUGUGUGCAUGUACCUAUGAAUAGAAAUUAUUUAUACUCCGGGAUCUCCUUACAGGGAAGCUGGGUGUGUCAAUGCCCCUUUCCCCUAAUGCGUCUGUGUCAUUGGAUUGGGGGCCACCACACUGCAGCGUGAGUGCAUCUUCACCAACUGCACCUGCACGGACUGGGUCCCCAAAUGUCAUCAUGUUCGGAGGUACUGGGGUUUGGAGCUGCAACAUAUGAACUCUGCAGGGACACAAUUCAGCACACACACGGGCCUGGAAUUUCUUCUUUAUUCUGCUCAGAAUAUGCUGAGCAGAAUCUAUGAAUUCAUACUUUUCCAUCGAAAUUAGAGAACCGUCUCCAUUGUCUGAUAAUGUCACCGUUCGUCUGUACCUCCAUGUUUGUCUCCUGGCAUGCAGUCCAGUGUCUUCUCACAUCUCUUUGCUCAGUCAGUCUCCGCAGAGUCUCAUCGCGGCAGCCACGGCUUCCAACUGCCUGGUCCCCACCAUCCCUAGCCUCUCCAGGCUCAGCAUUCGUCUGUGUUUUGCCUCUUUUUUUUUUUUUUUUUAAGCAAAAAGGCCCUUGGAUCUCUUCCCUAUUUCUUUUGAACCCCGUUUCCUGCCUGUGCCUCAUACCCCAAGUCCAACUGUUAUGGAGUGGGAGAGCCCCUUAAAGCUUCCAGCUAAUGGAAAUUGCAUUACUGUUAAUAAUGACAGCUAUGAGUUACGCAGUGCUACUCACGUGCCAGGGACUUUUAAAUGCUUCACAUAUGCACAUUUAGUCUUCAAGGAAUCCGAUGAAGCAGGUCCUCUCCUUAUCCCUGACUCAGAGAAGAGGACGCCCAAGUACAGCAAGGGGCAGGGCUGCCCAAGGUCAAGUAUCUGGCAAUGAGUCUGGGACGUAAGUGCUCCCACGGGGUCCCAGAGGCCCCGUGCGUUCCAGCCUCUUCCCCAGAACUGUCUCAGGAAGUCCUCAGUCUCCGCUUCAUCUCUAGUAAUGUCUCCUUUUUCCUUCCAUAUAUUUUAGUAACCGAUAUCUGCAAAGGUCUUUGCAUUUUUUUUCAAAUUACUAGCCUUUGUGUGGACACUUUCCACUGUAGCUUUAUUUUUUUCUCUCAUACAUUUAAGUCUUUAUGUUCACGAUUCCCUAUGUUUGACUCAUUUUUUAAAAAAAUUCUCGAGGUACAGAAAAGCACUGUCUUAUUUGUAGCCUUUAGCUGUGAAUCUAAACACGAAGGCUGUAAUUCUCGUUGGUUAUAUCCCUCCGGUUUUGAUAAAAUUUAGUGUUAUUGUAAUUAAGCAUUUCUUAUUUUCACCCUAAUUCUCUUUUUUUCCAUGAGUUAUUUUUUUAAAGUGCUGGAAGAUUUCCAAUUGUAUGAUAGUUUUUUGUUUUCUUACAGCUAUUCAUUUUUAAUUUAGUUGCGUGUGUCAGAGACUGUAGCCUGUAUUACUACCUUUCCUUUGAAAUCUGUUAAGCCAGGCCUCCUUUGCGACCUAGGAAAUCCUCAUUAUUCUCCCUCAAUGUUCCAUAUGUGCUUGGGAAUUCUAUGUGAGGUGCAUAAAUGUAGCAAUGCCUUUAAUUAGAACUCUUUUUCAAAAUUGUUUUUAUAUAUUCUACAUUUUCACUAAAUGUAAAAUCAGACUGAUCCAUUAGAUCAGGGGUCCUCAGCAUUUGGGCUUUUCUGGCCUGGGCCCCACAGCAGAAGGUGAGCGGCGAAGCUUCCUCUGAACUGACAGCUGCUCCAGUCCCUCCAUGACCGCCUGAGCCCCGCCUCCUGUCAGAUCAGCGGCUUGUGAUGAUAAUGCCUCAUGAUCCGUCACUGUCCCCUAUCACCCCCAAAUGGGACCAUCUAGUUGCAGGAAGACAAGCUCAGGGCUCACACUGAUGCUACAUUAUG